UAGUGGGAUCGAUGCCAUUCUUGGAUUUGGUCGUUCUUCGUCGUCAUCGUCGUCGUCUACAAAACUGUUUAUGGUCAAAGCCAAAACGACUAAGAAAUGGGAGGUAGGGGACCUGGUGAACAUCCUUUCCAAAACUGAUGAUGUAUCAGCUCAGAAAGGAGAAAUAAUAGCGAUUCGGGGUGGCGGGUGGUAUUCAGUUGGACUCCUACAAACUGCAGAAAAUUGCGAUGUCGAUCAAGAAAUUAUCAAGUGUCGAGGAACCCAACUGCAACAAUUGGCAUUUGACAUCAACGACGGGAAGGCAGUCGAAAGUGACAAGAAGACCUCGACUUCCAAGAACAACAACGACACCAGCAAAAACGCCAGCAACCUUCAGAUAGAAAUAACUCCGCAUUCAUCGGCUAUCCCUGACGCAAACGGCGACGGGGAAUUAUCCCAUCUUCCGUCCCCUACGAUCUAUGAUUUUGACGCAGGGGUGUUGCAGUUUCAAGAGGGUUCCUCCAGAGAUUUAAUUGGAAACAACCCGGUACUCGACGAACGAAUACUUCGGCAAGUGGCACACCAUGCUACUUACGAACGAUGGGUGGUAUUUACGGACCUGCAUUGUUCACCCGCAACCCUGGACACUUGCCUGGAAGUUUUGGACGUGGUCCACGACACUGCCAUGCAACAAAAAGAGAAGUGCGGGGUGCUGUUUCUCGGCGAUUUUUGGCACCACCGGGGCACGCUCCGAGUGGAUUGCUUGAAUGCCAUCCUCGGUGCACUCCGUUCCUGGAAGGUACCGAUGGUCAUGAUACCUGGCAACCACGACCAGGUGACGCUCGGUGGCCAAAAUCACGGUCUGACACCUCUCGAAAACGCCUAUCGUGUUGGGGACGUUCCUGGCCCAUUGGUACUGUCCCACCCUACCCGAUUCCGAAAUGCGUUGUUUGUUCCACACGUAAGGGAUAUUAAUGCGAUGAAAGCGAUCUUGAGCUCGAGAGAAUGUCAGGAUUCUUCUGCACUAUUUUUACACGCAGAAGUCAAAGGGGCGUUGAUGAACGACAUGGUCGUCUCGACGCAAGGCAUCUCUCCGUCGAUGUUUCCCAUGCAUAAGCACGUCUACUCGGGACACUUUCACAAUCCUCACUCUGUCAAGAGUUCACUUUGUUCCACCAUUGAGUACGUGGGAUCUCCGUAUCAAAUUUCUCUAGCGGAAGCGCACCAAGAGAAGCAACUGGUUGUAUUGAACGAGAAAUGGGAAUGCCAGAAGCGGAUUCCCAUAAGCGUGGGGAGACGCCAUUUUAAGAUAUCCUCUUUGGAGGAAUUGGAACAAAUUCAUGUGGAGUUGGAAAAAGUUUCUACUGUUACAGCAGAAGAGGUCGAACGGGAUGGUUCAACUGACGUGAGAAGGGGUGAUCGAAUCGUAAUGAGUGUCCCCAAAAAGGAACACAGAAGACUCGAAAAUUCGGAAUACCAUACUACCUUGGCUUCUAGUGUUCGAACGUUACGGGACAAAGGCCUCGUCGUCGAACUUCGUGAGGUCGGCGAGAAGAUUAGCCCGUGGUCGAGAAAGUUGGCAAACGAUGUUUCCGAUAGUCCUGAGUUUGAUGAAAUGACUCCUGAAUCAUCAUGGAGGGCAUAUCUGAAGGAUGAAACGGUACGGAGCGCCAUCAGUGAUAGUGAUUGCGAUACACUCCUUCGGGUUGGAUUGGGAAUAUUGCAAGAAAUCGAUUCAGAUAGCACCCAAAGCAUUGCAAUGCAACGGAAUUUGAAGCUAACAAGUGUAACGAUUACUGGUUUUGGUCCGUUUGAAGAUACAGUCGAAUAUCCGUUGGAUGAUCGAGGAUUGGUCCUACUAAGAGGUACGCCAUAGUUUUCUAUAUCGUUCUCAAACUUUUGAGAAAAUGGCAGCACUUCUCUUACCAUACUCUUCCUUUUGAUGUUAAAUCAGGCUCGAAUAAGGAUUAUGGGCCAGAUUCGAAUGGAACUGGUAAGUCUUCACUAGCAAUGGCCACUUUGUGGGGAUUGACUGGGUCCUUGGAUGCAAGACCUUCUGCUGAUAUGAAAGUGGCAGACGUGAUAAAUGAUAACUCGAAAACUGCAAAGGUCACUGUUGAAGGUUUCAUCAAUAAUUCCCCAUUCGUUAUCAUUAGGAGUAAAACAGCGUCAAAAGGGGACCUCCGUUUUGAGCUAAACGAUGUCGACUUAACAACGCAAUCCGUGAAAGAGACACAAUCAACCAUAGAAGAGAAACUUGGUGUAGAUGCCCAUAUCUUGUCCCGGGUCGCUUUCUACGGUCAACAUGGAAUGAAUGAUCUUCUUGAGGCAACAGAUUCAAAGCUAAAAGACGAGUUAUCGUUACUAGUGCCUCUUGAUCUUUGGCAACAAGCAACAUCUACUGCCCGAGCGAAAGCGCGUUAUGCUAGAAAACGAGUAGACGAAAUGGAAGGUAUGAUAAAAUUACGAAAAUCAGAUAUCAAUGGAUUGUCGAGUCGAGUUGCCGGUGCUGAAAGAGCAAGAGAUUUAAAACAAACGCGAGUGCUAGAGGCAGAAGCCAUAUUCAACCAAGAGCUGACAAAAAUUCAGGAACUGCUAGAUCGAAGCGCUGAUUCAAAGCUCGAAAAACUACAAACUGAGUUAGAAUCUAUUUCUUCGGAAAUCAAGAGACUCAGUGACCUCUAUGACUCCACAUUGGCAGAUAAAGAGGCCCAAUUGAAACCGUUAGAGGAUGAGUUGUUUGGAGUGAGAGGAAUUGUAACAACGAUGAUAAGGGAAAAGAAUCGGUUUGAGAUGGAUGUACGAAGCAACAAAAUAUUACUAGAUUCUGCAACAGUUCACAUCAACCAAAUUCAAGAAAGGUGGUCGCUUUGUUUGUCCGAUGGUAUACCACUCGAUUUGAAGCCUCCAGAAUUUUGUCCAACUUGCAACCAACCUCUUCAGGCUGAGGGAUCAGAGGGAGGAUCGGAAGGUCUAGAAAGUGUUCAGAAAGCGAUGGAGAAUGAAAUCAACGAAGCUCGUAUUUCUUUCAAGAAGGCAGAAGUUGCCCUUGAAGAAUCUCAUCGCAAAAUGGCAGAGUGUUCGAAGGAUUUGGAGUUGAAAGAAGAGUUGCUCGACGAUUUACAAUUGAAUCAUGAGGAACUACUUUCGAGGUGGGUUACGAAGUUGAACAAUAUCCAAGAUGGAAUGAAAGAAAAAAGGAAUACUCAACAUGAAAUAUCGUCUCAGAUAUCGAUGGUUGUAAAAGAAUCUCAAUUAAUCAGCCAGAAAGAAGCCGCCAAGGUUAGACUCGAUUCGGAGAAAUUAAACUUUGCUCACGCAAAUCAAACCUACGAGACGUUGAGCCGGGAGCUGGCCAAUGCAAUUGAUUUUCUGGAAGAUUUAAAUUCACAAAAAGACGAGGAGGAAAACGAUCAGAGAAUACUGUCUAGUAUUGGGGAAAGAUUUAGUCAGAGGGGCGUUCAAACGUUUAUCCUACAAAAUGCGGUGAACUCCUUGCAAAACACCGCGCAGUUUUAUCUGGACUAUCUCAGCGAUGGAAGCCAGCGCUUAGAACUUUCUCUGGAAGCGGGCGACAAAAUCUUACGCAAUGCAUUCGUUCGUGGGGCAGAUGGAGAAUUCCGGCAGCGUCCGCUAUCGACGUUAUCUGGUGGUCAAUGGAGACGUUGUUCUUUGGCUCUCUCGUUUGCAUUUGCAGAAUUGGUUGCUGCGAAAGGGAGAUUAAGGUCAUCGUUGCUGGUUCUUGAUGAGCCACUAACCCAUCUCGAUCGAUCUGGUCGCACAAAAUUUGGAAAAUUAGUGAGAGAGAUUUUGGGAGCGAAGCAGAAGAGCGAGAAAGGCACGUCUGGUUUUGAAAUAUCAACAGCUAUUGUGAUUCUACAGGACUUGUCAGCGGAAGAGCUUGAAGAAGCAUUUGAUGGUAUUGACACAGUGGUCAGAAAUCAUGGAAAAAGCAUUCUAAAGCUUGACGAGAUGAGUUCUAACUAGGCCAAGAAGAUUCGUUUUCAACCUCUAUUUAUCCCUCUCUAUCAUACUACUGCAAUUCUCGAUCAAGGAUAGUUUGACCUGCAUAGCUUUGCUAGUCAAAAUGUGCUCCUAGUAGAGUACUAUCAUCCGCUUGACGCUCACAAGUAUUAGUAGUAUUACCAGUAGUAUUAAUAUUACUCCUAUAAUAAUAAUGAUUUGACAAC